AUGUUUUGUGUUUUCCAGGAAUUCAAGGAUCUGGCUCCCAGGAUCGACUGCUUGGAUCUCAAGGGGGAGAAGUUGGAUUACCGCGCCUGCGAGGCCAUGGAGGAGAUCUUCAAACGCCUCCAGUUCAAACUGCUCGACCUGGAGCAGACCAGCCUGGACGAGGACGGGGCCUCGGCGCUCUUCGACAUGAUCGAGUACUACGAGUCGGCCACGCACCUCAACAUCGGCUCCAACAAACACCUGGGGGCCCGCGGCUGGCAGGCGGCCGCCCACAUGAUGAGGAAGACCAGCUGCCUGCAGUACCUGGACGCGCGGAACACGCCGCUGCUGGAGCCCUCGGCGCCGUUCGUGGCGCGGGCGCUGCGCAUCAGCAGCAGCCUCGUGGUGCUGCACCUGGAGAACACCUCCCUCUCCGGGAGGCCCCUGAUGCUGCUCGCCACGGCGCUGAAGAUGAACGUGACGCUGCGGGAGCUGUACCUGGCUGACAACAAGCUCAACGGGCUGCAGGACUCGGCGCAGCUCGGCAACCUGCUCAAGUUCAACGGCUGCAUCCAGAUCCUGGACCUGCGCAACAACCACCUCAUGGACUCGGGCCUGGCCUACAUCUGCGAGGGGCUGCGGGAGCAGCGCCGGGGGCUGGUGACGCUGGUGCUGUGGAACAACCAGCUGAGCCACGCCGGCAUGGCCUACCUGGGAAUGACCCUGCCGCACACGCAGAGCCUGGAGACGCUGAACCUGGGCCACAACGCGGUGGGGAACGAGGGCGUGCGCAACCUGAAGAGCGGCUUGAUCGGGAACCGCUCCGUGCUGCGCCUGGGCCUGGCCUGCACCAAGCUCACCUGCGAAGGGGCCGUGGCCGUGGCCGAGUUCGUGGCCGAGAGCCCGCGGCUGCUGCGCCUGGACCUGCGCGAGAACGACAUCAAGACCGGGGGGCUGAUGGCGCUGAGCCUGGCCCUGCGCGUCAACCACUCCCUGCUGCGCCUCGACCUCGACCGCGAGCCCAAGAAGGAGGCGGUCAAGAGCUUCCUGGAGACGCAGAAGGCGCUGCUGGCCGAGAUCCAGAACGGCUGCAAGCGGAAUUUCAUCCUGGCCAGGGAGAAGGAGGAGCAGGAGCAGCAGCUCCAGCACUCGGCCUCCAUGCCUGAGAUCUCCGGCAACGAUCCCGGGGAUCCCGAGGGCGAUCCGGAAUUCCCGGCGGCGCCGCCUCCCCCCCCGGCCCCGGAGGAGAACGGGAACGCGGCUCCGGCCGGGGAUUCCAGCUCGGACACGGAGGACGAGGAGGAGGAGGAGGAGGAUGGGAAGGACUCGAGGGAGGCUGUGGAAUCCGGGAAUUCCGGGAAUUCUGGGAAUGCCGAGCGCAGGAUUUCCGUCUCCAGCCCCGGCAGAGGCCGCAAGAUCUUCGUGGUGACGCGGGUGGAGAACGUUCCCGAGGGAUCCGGGGCCGUUCCCGAGGGAUCCGGAGCCGUUCCCGAGGGAUCCAGAGCCGUUCCCGAGGGAUCCGGGGCCGUUCCCGAGGGAUCCGGGGCCGUUCCCGAGGGAUCCAGGGUCAUUCCCAAGGAAUCUGGGACCGUUCCCGAGGGAUCCGGGGCCGUUCCCAAGGAAUCUGGGGCCGUUCCCGAGGGAUCCGGAGCCGUUCCCAAGGAAUCUGGGACCGUUCCCGAGGGAUCUGGAGCCGUUCCCAAGGAAUCUGGGACCGUUCCCGAGGGAUCCGGGGCCGUUCCUGAGGGAUCUGGAGCCAUUCCCAAGGAAUCUGGGGCCGUUCCCGAGGGAUCCGGGGCUGUUCCGGAGGAAUCCGGGGUCAUUCCCAAGGAAUCCGGAGCUGUUCCCAAGGGAUCUGGAGCUGCUCCCAAGGGAUUUGGAGUCGUUCCUGGUGGGUCUGGAGCUGUUCCCGAUGGAUCCGGAGCCGUUCCCGAUGGAUCCGGGGCUCUUCCCAAUGGAUCUGAGACUGUUCCCGAAGGAUCCGGGAUCGUUCCUGAUGGAUCUUCAGUUGUUCCCGAUGGAUCUGGGAUCGUUCCCGAUGGAUCUGGGACAAUUCCCGACGGAUCUGGAGCCGUUCCCGUUGGAUCUGGCGCUGUUCCCGAUGGAUUUGGAGCCCUUCCGGGUGGAUCCGGCGCCAUUCCCGAUGGAUCUGGGAUUGUUCCUGAUGGAUCCGGCGCCGUUCCCGUCGGAUCUGGCGCCAUUCCCAUCGGAUCUGGAGCCGUUCCUGUUGGAUCCGGGGCUGUUCCCGAUGGAUUUGGAGCCGUUCCCGUUGCAUCCAGAGCCGAUCCCGUCAGAUCCGGGGUUGAUCCCGUUGGAUCCGGGGCCGUUCCCAUUGUUCCCGAUGGAUUUGGAGCUGCUCCCAUUGGAUCUGGGGAUGUUCCUGAUGGAUUUGGAGCCGUUCCUGAUGGAUCUGGUGCCGUUCCCGUUGGAUCCGGCGCCGUUCCUGAUGGAAUUGGAGCCGUUCCCGAUGGAUCUGGCGCCGUUCCCAUCGGAUCCGGGGCCGUUCCCGAUGGAUUUGGAGCCGUUCCCGAUGGAUUUGGAGCUGUUCCCAUCGGAUCCAGCGCCGUUCCCGUUGGAUCCGGCACCGUUCCCAUCGGAUCCAGCGCCGUUCCCGUUGGAUCCGGCGCCGUUCCCGUUGGAUCCGGCACCGUUCCCGAGGGAUCCGGGACCGUUCCCAAGGGAUCCGGGACCGUUCCCGAGGGAUCCGGGACCGUUCCCGAUGGAUUUGGAGCCGUUCCCAUCGGAUCCAGCGCCGUUCCCGUUGGAUCUGGCGCCGUUCCCGUUGGAUCCGGCGCCGUUCCCGUCGGAUCCGGGGCCCUUCCCGAACUGCGUCCGCGCCGGGCCGGCGCCUCCGAGGGAAUUCCCUGCGGGAGCCCCUCCCGGGAUUCGCCGCUUCCCAACGGGCUCAAGGCGGAUUUCGCCCGGGCGCUGCCGGAGCCGGGCCCGCAGGGCGACGGGAAAUCGGGAACGUGCGCGGCCGAGCACGAGCUGAGCUGCUCCCGGAACGAGCAGGAGCUGCAGGAGCUGCUCCUCGAGGCCAGCCAGGACACGGCUCCGGAGCCGCUGUGACCGCAGGUCCUGGAGGGGGAGGCUCCGGAGCUUUCCCCUCUCCCCCACUCCGCACAAGAUUCCAACCAAACCUCGGGAAUUCCGGGACUUUCCGUGGGAAAGAAAAACAAAACAAAAAAAACCCACAAAAAACGGAUUUUUCCCGAGUUUUUUUCCCGAUUUUUCCUGACUUUUCCCGCCUCCGAGGGGCAGGGAAGGAGCCGGGGCUGGGCCUUCCUGAUCUCCCGGGAAUUCCCGGGGCCAUUCCCGGCGGGAUCCGCGACACUACAGGGACCGGGAGCGGCCGGAGCGGCGGGAAUUUGGGAAUUCUGUCCCUAAAAAACCCCGGGAUCGGCUGCUUCCGCAGCCCCCACGCUUUAUUUAUUUUUAAUUUCCCUUCCUUUCCGGUGGGUUUGGUUUCUUUGGGAAUUUUUUCCUCCCUUUUUUCCUGUAUUUUUCCCCUUUUUUCCCCCUUUUUUCCCGUUUUUCCCCCUUUUUUCCCGUUUUUUUCCCCCCUUUUUUCCCGUCUCUAUUUAUCACCAGCCGCAGAAUUCCCGGGAAAACGGGGAAGGUGGAAAAGGGGAGAGGGAGGGGCUGGAAUUCCUCGGUCAUCCCAAAUUUCCAGAGUCGGAGGAGGAGGUCGGGGAAAUCCGGGAUGCGCCCGCGGGGAUCUCCCAGCCCGGAAUUCCCGAAAUUCCUGGAAUUCCCAGGGGAAUUCCCGGGGGUCGCUUUUCUUUCUUAAGUGCAAUAAAAUCUUUCAGGGAGCUGCGGGGUGGGGGGGGUUGGAAUUCCGGGGGAUAUUCCCGAUAUUCCGGCCGGGAAUUUUCGCUGGUGUUUCCUUCCAGGGUUUGGUUUUUUUUCCUUUUUUUUUUUUUUUUUUUCCCCGUCUCUUUCCCGGUUUUUGUUUUGUUUUUUUUUUUUCCUUCCUUCGUUUUUUUUCUCCCCGUGGUGGAAUUUUUGUUAACGGCUGUUUUCUAAUUAAAGGAAUUCUGCAUUCGU